AUGUCUUUCUCAGGUACGAUAGUGCACGCUGAUGUAUAUUCAAUUCAUUACGAUCGUGAACUUUGGGCUCCUGAAGAUCCGUACAUGUUCAUACCCGAGCGUCAUAGUUCAAAACGUCAUCCGAUGGCUUAUUUACCGUUUGGAGCAGGUCCACGACAUUGUGUUGGCAUGCGCUUUGCAUUGAUCGAAAUGAAGAUUCUACUAGUACGGCUACUUCGCGAGUAUUUAAUUGUGUCUGGCGAGCAUCUUGAAAAUAAACUUAACAUUCGCGAAGGAACUGUCAUCGCACCCGAAGAAAUUUGGAUCAAGCUAGUGAAAAGAAGUGAUUGA